AUGUUGAAUCCUGACUUUGGAGAGUGGACUGGUGGGCUCAUAGAUUUUCUUUGGUUCCCCAGGCGUGCAAACUUUUGCAUUUUUGUGUUAUCAAGCUUCCUUGCUGAUAUUGUUCUCAUUCUACGCUGUUAUUUCAUCUGGAACCAGAGUCUUAUAGUGGCAAUCAUACCAGCCAUUAUCUGCAUUGGAUGUAGUGUGGGGGGAUUCAUUACUGCAGGAACUGCAGACAAAUUGAUACUAAGUGAUAACCACUCUUGGCUCACAUUACAUGCUCAAGGUGGGAAUGCCCUUUUUGCGGCAUGGGUCACAGCAGAACUGGCCAUCAAUGUCAUUCUAACAUGCAUGAUCGCUGGGAAAAUCUUGAUAAUCCAUAGGCAAGUACGAAAGAUUCUGGGUAACAAUGUCCAAAGUAUGCACCAAUCAAUCGGGAUCAUUGUGAUUGAAUCUGGGAUGAUGUAUCCUAUUGCACUUAUUCUCAUGCUUUCACUCCCAAGUACUCCAAAAGAAUAUGUGUCAUACUCAGUGAUUCAUAUUGUGGGGAUUGCACCAACUCUUAUUGUGGUCCGUGUUGGCCUUGGGAUUAUUGUCCAAGAUGUUCAGUCAGGCCUCAAAACUAUGCAAGCAGUAGAACCAAGUGGGAACAAUUUAGAUUCUCAGUGA